UGGAGUAAAAUAAUGAACAUCAUCUUUAUUAGCAGUCUUUAAACAGUUCUCGUUGUCGAGAGUGCAAGAGUACCCUACCAGUUCCGGCUCUCCAUCCUCCCAUCAUCUUGCACUUCGAGAAUCAAAAGAUGGCCAUGAUCGUGGAUGCCUUCGUCUCCAGAUUGUGUGAGAUGCUAUUAACCUAUGCGAAGGAAGAGGCUGCCAAAAUUUUGGGUGUGCCUGAUGAAAUCAAGAAGCUCCAUAGGAAGCUGGAGAGGAUGCAGGAUGUUCUUGUUGAUGCAGAGAAUAGACGCUUCGACAACCAAAGCAUCAACCGCUGGCUCAACGAGUUGCGAGAUCUCAUGUAUGAUGCAGAUGACAUCAUUGAUGAAUGCCGAAUCAAGGGUGAGAAGCUUCUUAGCUCAAACUCAUCCUCAUCUCGUUAUGCUGAGUCGGUACGUUGUUGCUUCCCUCCCAUUGCUUGCUUGCACAAAGUUGGAUUCCGUCAUAAGAUUGGCAAAAGAAUUAGGGAUCUCAUCCUUAGGCUUGAUGAAAUUGCCAAGGACAAAAUCGACCUCCAUCUUACACCUGCUCCUCGUGAUGACCACUAUAAGAGUAGAAUUAGCCCCAAAACAUCUCCUGUACUUGUUGAGCCUGAUCUUGUGGGAGAAAAAAUUGGGGAUGAUACAAAGAGUUUGGUGGACUUGUUGACAAAAGAAUAUAAGAAAAAAAUUCCAAUCUUUGCUAUUGUCGGCAUGGGUGGGAUAGGUAAAACUACUCUUGCUCAAAAAAUUUAUAAUGAUGAAAAGCUUCGGGACAACUUCAACCAAAUGCCACGGAUUUGGUUGUGCGUGUCCCAAGAGUUCUCAGAGUCCGAUUUACUGAGAUCCAUCGUACAACAAGCUGGUGGUGAUCGUGGACAUGCUAAAGAGAAGGAAGUGCUUGAACCCAUGCUUAGCGAAUCACUUAGGAACAAAAAAUUCUUUGCAAUCUUGGAUGAUGUUUGGGAUGCACAAGUAUGGGAUAAGCUAUUGAGAAAUCCUUUGCAGAGUGGUCUGGCAGAUAGUAAAAUUUUGAUAACAACUAGAAACAUAAACAUUGCAAAACAGAUGGGUGCAAUAUACAGUCACAUGGUGGAGAAGUUGUCUCGAGAGGAUGGUUGGUCAUUAAUUUGUAAGAUGGUGUUUGAGGAAGACGAGGGAGGAGAUAUGCACGACUUAAGUGAUAUAGGGAUGAAAAUUGUAGAGAAAUGUGAUGGCCUUCCCCUUGCUCUUAGGACGAUUGGAGGGGUACUUCGAACCAAGGCAAAAAGGCAAUCGGAAUGGGAGGAGGUCCUUUCUAGCUCUGCAUGGUCUUUUACUAAGCUUCCGGAUGGGGUGAUGGGUGCAUUGUACUUGAGCUAUCUGCAUUUACCACCUCCUCUCAAGCAGUGCUUCACUUGCUUUUCAUUAUUUCCCGAGGACUACCUAAUUCAUCGAAAUAAUUUUCUUAAUAGUUGUACUGCAGAGGGCUUUGUAACAUCCGAAGACAAUACGCCCUUGGAAGAUGUGGCAGAAGGAUAUUGGAAGGAGUUGGUACAAAGGAACCUCCUACAGCCGGAUCCUCGUUGGUAUGAUCAAUCAGUUUGCAGGAUGCAUGACCUCCUGCGAUCUCUAGCUCAGCAUAUCGCAGGGGAUGGUGCUUCAUCGGAGAUGCACGAGCAUUUGAAAACAAGAUCAUGUCCUCCUCCUCCUCACCAGCAUCGAUAAUUACGCCGUUUAUCGAUUGUAGAUGAAAAAUUAGUAACCAUACCAGACUUUAUAAUGAAACAGACAUCCUUGAGAACCUUGUCAUUCUUUUAUUCCCCACUUAUUCGGGAUCUUCCAGAAGAUCUCUUCAAAAAGCUGAGGAGUUUAAGGGUCCUGAACUUAAGUGAAACUGCAAUUUGCAAUCUCCCAACUUCCUUGGGACAUCUUGUGCACCUUAGACGUCUUGAUCUCCGUGCGACUCCAAUAAGAGAGAUACCAGAGAGCAUAGGAAAUCUUAGAAAUCUCCAAUUCCUGCUCCUCCCGUAUUGUAAAUAUUUGCACAACCUCCCUAAUGGUGUCGUGGGGUUAAUCAAUCUAAGGAUUCUAGACGUCGGGGGUGCACCACUUGAUGGUCUCCCUAUGGGAAUAGGGAGACUGAAACAACUAAGUAAAUUAUUGGGAUUUGUGGUGAGUGGUAGUGAGGGCUGCAAAUCUAGAGUGGGAGAAGAUGAUAGGGAGCAGGAGCAAGAGCACAAGGGACAUCAACAUGGGAGAUUCUGCAACUUGAAGGAGUUGAAAUCCCUCUCCCAGCUCCGAACUUUGGCAAUAGUAAACUUGGAGAGGGUAUCAGACAAGGCUGAAGCAAAAGUCGCUGCACUUCAAGCCAAGCCCCAUCUUAUCAGCCUAGAAUUGUAUUGCACGCUACCGAGCAGAUCUUCUGAUGUGCAGCAGCCUCGUGCAAAUGAUUACGACGAGGAAGAUAUCAAGAGUAUAGGGGAGGUCUUCGAGGAACUCUGCCCACCGCCAUGCCUUCAAGAGCUUGAAAUCAAUGGCUACUUCGGCCGAGAGUUUCCCAGCUGGAUGAUGACACCCUCCUCGUCAUCACUCCGCAACCUACGAAGGCUGGAUCUGCAGGAUUUUGCUCUAUGCCAACAACUUCCAUCCUUGGGAAUGCUGCCCCAACUAGAUUUCCUCUGGAUUUCAGGUGCUUCUGAAGUCACGAGCAUCGGGCCUGAAUUCUUAGUGCUGGUGGGUGGUAGUGCUGGUGCAAGAGGACGGAAUGGAGGAAAAACAGAUUCUUGCUUCUCCUCCUACUUUCCCAAACUAGAGAAACUUGGAUUUGAAGACAUGACUAAUUGGGAAGAAUGGUGGUGGCGGUUGGAGGAGGAGGACAACCAGACAACACCGUUGCUACCUUCUCUUAAGGAAUUACAUAUUUAUAAUUGUCCGAAGUUGAGGUCUCUUCCAGAGAGCCUCCUCUGUCAUGCCACCGCACUGAAGGAGUUACGAAUUAUAAGGGCCCACAGCCUGAGAGAAAUACAAAACCUCCCCUCUCUUACAGAAUUGAUCUUGGAUAGCAACUCAAGUUUGGAGAGAGCGUCCAACUUUCCCAGGCUCAAACACUUAGACGUUUCUGAUUGUGAGGAAUUGAAGGUUGUGGAGGGUGUGAAUGCCGUGGAGCACAUACAGCUUCAUGAUCGAGAAGCAAUCUCUCUCCCAGAGUGGUUAGUAGGUGCUGGUGAAGAGCAACCAUGCUUCCCUUCCCUCCACAAGUUGACUCUCUCCAACAAAAUCUGUCGCCGAGGGCUGCCCGAUUGGCCUUCAAUCCGAUGAAACAACACCCAUCUCAUGUUGAAGCAAUCAGCAAGUAUAGGCCAACGACAGUCAACCGUACAAGAAAAAGCUGCUUCAGCAAGCGAGGGAUGGAAGUUAUACUACUCGGCAACUAUUUGAUAUUCUACAUCAUUCUCGUCCUUUCAGGACUUGGACCCAAGGACUACAGUAAGAAAGAAGAAAAGUCUGGGACCGGAUGAUAUGCAGAGCAAUUCCUUACAUUAAUUGGCUACUGCCCAACAGGUCAGCUGAAAUCCCAUGUUUAUAGAAGCUUCUCUCCAAUUGUAUUGGUAGCUGUUAUUCUAGCAACAGCGAAUUACAGAAUCUAUGAGAAAGGAUCGAUGACCCCAUGGUGAUGGUGUUCCAAACUUCAUUACUUCACCUGCUUGGCCAUAAAAAGUUUGCAUCAUGGACAAAAUCUCAUGAGAUCAUUGUAUCAUACUUGGGAGUAUCAGACAUUGGAAAGAUGUGAAUGAAAGUAUGGAGUCUGCGAGCAAGUACAUUAACGAAUUCUGGGCACAUUUGUUUUGGGGAUUUGACUGCGGAAAUCAUGUUCGACGUAUUAUUACGACAUUUGGAUGGACAAGGAUUAGAAAGAAAUAACAUUUUUUUAGAAUGUAUUUGCAUGAAUGCAUGAGCAGAUGGAUUCAUGAAUACAUAAACCAUAUUUUGUAGUUUGAUUUGAGAGCAUGUAACAGCAGAAUUCUCUCAAUUCCUUCAAGCAUUCCACAAUAUUUUUCUAAAGCAAAUUAGUAUUCGAAAACAUCUGAUAGAGAAAACAUGUUGUAUGUCUAUGAUCUAUUGAAAAAUUCUUUUGAUGCAUCUAUCAAUGUGACCAUAUGAAAACCGUCAGACCUGAUAA